UGUGUGUUGUGUCAACGCAGGCCGUAUUGUCAAGAAGCCCUAGAGUAAUUUCAGCCGGCACUUACGGGUAUGAUGAGUUUGCCAAGACAAAGACUGAUAAAAUAAACAUUCUCGCCCAGCAAGCAAGAAGUUCGUUUUCAAAUAGAUUUGAUUACAACGGAUCAAUGAGCUUGGUGAAAAAGGAAGCAAAUCCAUUCUUAGAUUGAAAAUAGCAUAACUAAAUGAUGACAGUACCAAGUCUCUUCGCCCUUCUAUUUCUAUGGCGAUUCGGACAUGCGCAGGAAAGUCUAGGAGCUCUGCCCUUCAUAGGUGCUGGGUACAACAUUUUGAGUGGGAACCCUGAGGGUGAGCAGACCGCGCAGAUCGACCCAGGGCUCAUGCCGAAGAGACGCGUACUUCAGCUUCACUUCAGGCACAACAAGACUUCUGUAGACGGGAAAUUUCUCAUCGCCGAUGAAGUUGCUUUUGACUAUCGCCGAUCGUGCGUCGAUGUUACUGAGACAAGCAUUAUUACAGGAACAGAAGGUUAUCAGACAAAACUCGCAGCACAGAUUAAUAUCACAGGUACAGCCAAUCAUGUCCUUGCUGACUUCGCCUUCAGUCAAAGCCAAAGAUUCAAGAUCAUUCACCGAAAAACUAUUAUCGACCAUGAAGUAUUAUAUGAAGAAAAGACUACUUGCAGCCUAGGUCGAGUGCGGUAUCUCCUGGGACGAGCAAGCACACCUCUGACCCAGGCCUUCACGGACGCCGUGUGCCGUCUGCCCCAGCUCUACUCUGCCAUUGAUUACGUCACUUUUAUCGACAAAUGGGGAACGCACAUUGUCAUAGGAUUACAAGUGGGAAAACAGCAGAUAAAGCGCUACAAAACAACGCGGAGAGAAUUCGCUAGAUUUUCGCUGGAAAAUGCUGAAGUUGUUUCGGCCAAAAAUCUCAGCGCAUAUUUCACUGAAGACAUGCGAGAGACAGACUUCAAUAGCAGUAGCAACGUGUUGUUUACUUCCGGCGGAAGUGAUGUGAAACUGAUCGGUCUGUCUAUUGUAAGCAUCGAUAUCGGCCUCGACAUCCGGUUUCAUAGCUUCUUCCGGUCGGGAUGUGGUUUAUCCAAAGAGGCGUUAAAGACAAGGCAGGUCCAUCUGCAGAAAUCACUGAGGGACUACCCUGCACUAAAACAAGCACAGCCUUCGAAAGAUCCUGCAUGCUUGUGUUCUUAUUCACAGGCGCUCUCCACAUUCUGCAGCCUGGGAGGAAGAGGUUGGGAUCAUCGCUUAAUGUCAAAGGGCAUCAUCGCCAUCGGGGUCGUUCCUGUUCAAGCCUAGACUCAUCAAGUACAGGAGAUAGAGAUGGAGGGGUGGUGGUCGACCACCACCAUGUGGUUUUACCUGAAAAGUGAUGAAAGGAAGAAAUAACAUCAAAUUUGUUUUGCUUUUUUGCUUUGCGCGCUAAAUUUCCUUUUCAAAUGCAAACUGGAAAAGGGCCUUCGAACAGUGACCGUUUUAUUAACUCGUACUCGGAACUUUGCUUUUAUACCAGUUGUAACUAUGACCACUGAAAAAUAAGAAAACAGCAUACUCAGGCCCGUACCCAGGGGGGAGCAGGGGGUGCGAACGAAAAUUAGGUCCACUUUCUCAGAUUUCUCGGCCCUUAAAUCUUCUUCAACAUAACGCAACUGAACCUGGAUCUGUCUGGAAAGUCAAGGUCUAGGAGAGAUCGAGCUAUGAUCGUAAAAUCAUCAAACCAUCUUUGUGUUGUUAGCACAUUCAUUAAAAUCGGGGAUUUUCUUCAGGA